AUGGCCACGCCAGAUGCAAAUGACGGCCUUUUGGCUGUCUGGCACGCCUAUCGUCUUCCUCUCGUCAUUGCUUUCUCUGUCCUGUUUGUCGCAUUCCGCGUUUAUUGUAAGCAGUCAAAAUCCAAGACGCCAACAUCCGCCUCUGUUCCAUCCUCGCCGCGCAGCCAACCCGAGAAACCCAAAAUUGACCCGCUGUCCGAACAAAUUUCGAUUGAAAAGAGCGUCGAAAAAACUCGCAUCAAGUCUGCGACCAAAACUGUAACAGGGCCGAAACGCGUUCAGGGCAAAAAGCCUGCCAAGACGACUGAUGGACGCUCCGGAGCAGGCGAGAACAAUCAGCCUGCAACCCACAUUCAACCGCUCAUUUUCUUUGCCUCAUUGACUACAACAACUGAACGCUAUGCGAACACUCUGCUGGAAUAUCUGCGUGCUGCAGCCCAAGAGCAGGCAGAUCCCGAGAACCUGGAACGAGGGCUUUUGCCUCCGCAGAUUCACGAUAUCUCGUACAUUGACUUCGAUGAAUUCUUCCUCUCGACCCCCAAGCCUCCCUCCACCUCUCCCGGUACCCGCUAUCUCUAUUGUAUUCUGACACCUACUUACAAUAUUGACACUGUUCUCAACACCUUCCUCGGUCAUCUGGACGAAACACACAACGACUUCCGCAUCGAUACAGCACCUCUCUCUCAGUUGGCUGGAUAUUCCGUAUUUGGCUUUGGUGACAAAGAGGAAUGGCCCACCGAGGAGGAGGGAUUCUGCACACAGGCCAAGGAAAUCGAUCGAUGGAUGGCGAAGCUGACUGGUCGCAAACGCGCUUAUCCUCUGGGAAUGGGUGAUAUCAAGAGCGAUGCGGAGGUUGCACUGAAGGAAUGGUCAAAUGGUCUCACAGACAUCAUGCGCGAAAUUCUGUCAAGCGGAGGACUUGGAGAGGGUGUGAUAGGUAGUGGCGAUGCCUUGGAGAGCGACGAAGAAGAUGUGGAGGAUGACGAAGAUGCCCCCAAGAACACCACUAUGGUCGAUCUUGAAGAUAUCAAGAUGGGUGGAGACUCCCCUGCUCCCAUCCCUAUUGAUUUUACCACAGGCGGCAAAGUUGUUUUACCCGAUUCUAUCGCCAAGGAGAUGGUUCCCAAGACCUCGCCUACUUACGCGUCCCUGACAAAGCAAGGAUAUACAAUUGUUGGCUCUCACUCUGGCGUUAAAAUUUGCCGUUGGACCAAGUCAGCUCUCCGCGGUCGCGGCUCUUGCUACAAAUUCUCUUUCUAUGGCAUUCGCUCCCACCUUUGCAUGGAAGCUACUCCAUCGCUAUCUUGCAGCAACAAAUGUAUCUUCUGCUGGCGUCACGGUACCAACCCAGUAGGAACGACUUGGCGAUGGCAGGUCGACUCGCCUGAGUUGAUUUUCAACGGUGUGAAAGAAGGCCACUACAAGAAGAUCAAGUUGAUGCGAGGUGUUCCAGGUGUUCGAGCGGAACGAUUUGCCGAAGCCAUGCAAAUUCGGCACUGUGCCCUGAGUCUGGUUGGCGAGCCCAUUUUCUAUCCCCACAUCAAUCGUUUCCUAGACAUGCUGCAUGAAGAGCGUAUAUCUAGCUUCUUGGUUUGCAACGCCCAACAUCCAGAUCAGCUCGAGACUUUGAAACGUGUCACUCAGCUCUAUGUCUCCAUAGAUGCUAGCAACCGCGAGAGUCUACGUAAGAUUGACCGCCCGCUGCACCGUGACUUCUGGGAGCGAUUCCAGCGCUGUCUUGAUAUUCUCCGAGAAAAGCGUCAUGUGCAGCGUACCGUGUUCCGAUUGACUCUGGUCAAGGGAUUCAACGUUGACGAUGAGGUGAUUGGAUAUGCUAAUCUCGUUGAAAAGGCCUUGCCGUGUUUCAUCGAAGUCAAGGGCGUCACCUACUGCGGAACAAGCACGAGUGCCGGUGCCGGGUUGACAAUGCAGAAUGUGCCAUGGUACGAAGAGGUUUCUGCCUUUGUAGUAGCUUUGAACGCGGAGCUGCAGCGCCGGGGCUUGGGCUACGGCAUUGCUGCGGAGCACUCUCACAGCUGCUGCGUUCUGCUUGCCUCGGAACGCUUCCAUGUCAAUGGAAAGUGGCACACUCGGAUUGAUUACGAGCGCUUCUUUGAGUUGCUUGAAAGGGAGAAAGCCGAUGGCACCUCAUUCACACCUGAGGAUUAUAUGCGUGAAACGGAGGAUUGGGCCCUCUGGGGAAAUGGUGGCUUUGACCCCAACGAUGAGCGAUGGUAUCGCAAAAACCGAAAAGAUAGAAUCGCUGCUGGUGCCCCAGUUUCAUGA